CAGGAAGAUUGCGUCAGCCUAGAAGAGAAUCUAUCCUAAAUCUGACGCGUUACUAGUGACUUUUCUACCUACAAAGCUGCGCCAUCACUCACUUAUCCAUUGCUAUAUUAGUCUUCAGUGAGAUCAAUAUGGCUAGUGAUCAGAUAACACACCGUAGAGCUUUCCGCCGAACCGACGACUAUACACUAGGUACGCCAAAGGUUAAGCUGGUCCACGAAGCCCUCCCAUUACCCCUCAGUCCAACAUCAGUCUUGAUUAGAGUUCGCGCAGUGUCUUUGAACUAUAGAGAUGCGAACAUUGCACACGGCGGGAACCCAUGGCCGGUAAUCCCAAAUGGCAUACUAUGUAAUGAUGCGGCCGGCGAAGUGAUAGGCGUGGGCGAGAAGGUGAAAAACUUGGCUAUUGGAGAUCGAGUGGCGCCCAUCACCGACACUGAGUAUAUAUCCGAACGUUCUUUGAGGCGGUCUUGGCUAGCCGCAGACCAGGACGGAGUGUUGGCGGACUAUCUUAUAUUCGACGAAGAGAAGAUAUGUAAACUCCCGACUUACCUCGAUUGGGCUAGUGCUGCUAUUAUUCCUUGUGCUGGGGUAACUGCGUGGUCUUCUCUAAAGGGUAUGAGCAUUGGGCAGACAGUCUUGAUUCAAGGAACCGGUGGUGUCAGCUCGUUCGCGCUGAAGCUUGCUCGUGCUGCAGGCCUGAGGGUAAUUAUAACUUCUUCAAGCGACGACAAACUUGAGAAAAUGAAGAAAAAGUUCCCAAACCCACCACUGUUGACGAUUAACUACACUAAGAAACAAGCCUGGCACGAGGAGGUCCUUGAACUUACAGGUGGGACAGGUGUCGAUAUCGUAGUCGAGAACGGAGGAACAUCGUCUCUGAUCAAUAGCAUCAAGUGUACAAGACGCGGAGGGACUAUCAGCCAAGUUGGAUAUCUUGGGAAACAGGACCCUUCCGAUCUUGCAGAUCUAGUUCCUCUCAUCAUCGACAGGAGAGUCGUUCUUAGGGGAAUUAAUUGCGGGUCAAAAUACGACAUGGAGGACCUUUGCGCUGCUUUAUCAGCUACGAAAAUGCCACUUAACGAUAUCAUCGACUCUACUUAUCCUUUUGAGAAGGCGGAGGAAUCAAUCCAGCAUCUAUGGGAAGGGAGACAGGUUGGAAAGUUAGUACUACAUAUCCAAUAGGGUAGUAAAUCGAAAGAACCAGAUGAUGGCGCAUUGGAUGUAUGUGUAGGUGGUAAAUUUAGCACUUUUAGUGUUCCCUCGAAGGAUAAGAUCCACUAUAAAGUUACCGGCCUGAUGGGCA